ACAGCUAUCGCUGAGCAGGACCAUAUUUGGUUGGUUACUGUCAUUGAGAUCCUAAGGAUUUAGGAUUCACUAUAACACCAUGAAGGCGAUGAAAAGCGCGUGUGAAUCCGCGUGUGUGUGUGCGCGCGCGCGCCUGUGUGUGUGUGUGAGACGGUCUUUACCCUCUUCUCUUUGUCCCUCCUACCAAGACUCGCUCCGGUGCGCUAUCUAUCCGCAUGUAGCCUAUCCCGCUGCAAACCAAGAUGAACCACAACAACCUUCAUCUCACUUUCACGUCCAUUUAAACUCUCAUCCCCCCGCGUCCAACCGGCCUCGAUCUAUGCUACCCUGACACACCAUACCGCGCUCCCUUCUCCGCCGGCAUCACCGACACUCGCUCCCCCUCUGGAAGCAGCAUGCCCGAGACGGGAGCGGCAGCAGCAGCGACUGCUGCAGCCGCGAACGGAACCACCGACAGCGAGGGCUCACGGCACAGACACCGAUCGCAAGGAGACGGAGAAAAGGCAGAUCCCCCUGCUGCUUCCCAGCAAACCUCCUCCGGGGUCUUGGACAAGCUGUUUGGAAAGCGGCUCCUACAGGCGGGACGCUACAUCAUGUCUCACAAGUCUUGGAUGAAGACAGUGCCCACAGAAAACUGUGACGUCCUCAUGACUUUUUCAGAUUCCAUAGAUGACCAUACGUUACUAUGGUUACUGAAUCACAUCCGGUUGGGUAUUCCAGAGCUCAUCAUCCAGAUCCGGCAUCACAAACAAACGCGAGUCUACGCUUUUUUUGUGACUGCAACCUACGAAAACUUGCUGCGUGGCGCGGAGGAAAUGGGUUUGCACAAAGCAGUGAAGCCCGAGUUUGGCAGCGGCACUCGCACCUUCUCCUGCGAGGAAGACUACAUCUACGAGAACAUCGAGAGUGAGCUGUGCUUCUUCACAUCACAGGAGCGUCAAAGCAUCAUUAAAUACUGGCUGGACAACUUGAGAGCGAAACAGGGAGAGGUUCUUCAUAACAUCCAUUUUCUUGAAGGACAGCCAAUCAUCCCGGAGCUGAGUGCCAGAGGAGUGGUCCAACAGGUCUUCCCUCUCCACGAACAAAGGAUCCUCAGUCAGCUGAUGAAGUCCUGGGUUCAGGCUGUCUGUGAGAAACAGCCCUUGGAUGAUAUCUGUGAUUACUUCGGUGUCAAGAUCGCCAUGUAUUUCGCCUGGCUGGGAUUCUACACCACCUCCAUGCUGUAUCCUGCAGUGAUUGGCUUUGUCUUAUGGAUGCUCACCGAGUCGGACCAGACGAGCCGGGACAUCUGCUGCGUGGUGUUCGCUCUUUUCAACGUGGUGUGGGCCACCCUCUUCCUGGAGAGGUGGAAGCGGCGUGGGGCGGAGCUAGCAUACAAGUGGGGGACGCUGGACACGCCUUCUGAGUCGAUAGAGGAGCCCCGGCCUCAGUUUAGGGGUGUGAAGCGGUGCAGUCCAGUGACGGGCUGUGAAGAGACGUACUACCCGCCCUGGAAGCGGAGGGCCUUCCGCUGCCUCGUCAGCCUGCCCGUCUGCAUCCUCUGCCUUUGCUUCGUCUUCCUGGCUAUGCUCAUCUGCUUCGAGCUGCAGGAGUUUGUCAUGGGGAUCAAGGAAUUGCCCCGUGUGGCCAGGUUUGUGCCCAAGAUCAUGCUGGCCAUCACUGUGACGGCGUGUGACGAGGUGUACAGGAAGAUCGCCUGCUGGCUGAAUGACAUGGAAAACUACAGACUCCAGAGUGCCUAUGAGAAACAUCUCAUCAUUAAAAUGGUUCUUUUUCAGUUUGUAAAUUCUUAUCUCAGCCUUUUCUACAUUGGAUUCUACCUCAAAGACAUGGAGCGUCUGAAAGAGAUGCUCGCUACCCUGCUCAUCAUCCGUCAGUUCCUGCAGAACGCAAAGGAAGUCCUUCAGCCUUAUCUAUAUGAGCGUCACAAGUUAGGCGAGCUGACAUUUAGGACUGUGUGGAACCUCCUGCUGUCUGCGCUGCUGAAAUACGGACGCCUGGCUGCAGGAAAAGCACAAGUCUCUCCCAGCGAGGAGGCCAUGCCGGGCCCGGGCCUGAGGGGCACAAGGCCUGGGAUCGGACGGACAGAGCGGAGAGAGAAGAAGUGUCUUAACGGGGGUUGUGGGGUACCAGAGGAAGAGGAGGAGGAGGAGAGCUUAAGGCACAAUGAGGAGGAGAAUGAGGAGGAGAGCCUGAUUGACUGUGGACUAAAACUGCGAAAGGUCAGCUUCAUCGAGAAGGUAGAGCGCAAGCCUGGCUCUAUAGUCGCGCCGCUGGAGGACGCCUUCCUGGAGGAAGGAAGCCCCACCAUGGUGGAGAAAGGCAUGGAUCCAGCCUCCAUCUUUGAGAUGUGUGACGAUGACGAUGACAACGGAAUCCCCGAGGUGAAAGACAUUUCCGGAGAGGCCUUAACUGGCCCGCUUGCUGUGGGUCCAGAGUGCCCCGUCUCCGUCCGGCACCGGCGGAGGGGCCGCAGUCUUGAGCGGGAGGACAGCAAGACCAAGAGGGACUCCUGGAUCGACCCCCCCGAAGAGAACGAACCCACGACACUCACUCAGGCUGAAAUAGAAAGCUGCAUGCAGUCGUAUGAGGACACCUUCCAGGACUACCAAGAAAUGUUCAUCCAGUUUGGUUACGUGGUGCUCUUUUCCUCCGCCUUCCCGUUAGCGGCCAUGUGUGCCCUCAUCAACAACAUCAUCGAGAUCCGCAGUGAUGCCUUCAAGCUGUGCACCAGCCUGCAGAGGCCGUUCGGCCAGAGAGUGGAGGCUAUCGGCCAGUGGCAGACGGUUAUGGAGGUUAUGGGCUUGAUUGCCAUCAUUGUUAACUGCUACCUGAUAGGCCAGUGUGGCCAGCUGCAGCGCCUCUUCCCCUGGCUCAGUCCCGAGAUGGCCAUCAUAUCCGUCGUCAUCUUGGAGCACUUUGCCAUUCUCCUGAAGUAUGUCAUCCACGUGGCCAUCCCCGAUAUUCCCAGCUGGGUGGCAGAUGAGAUGGCCAAACUCGAGUACCAGCGCAGGGAAGCCUUCAAGAAACAUGAACGGCAGGCCCAACAGCACUACCAGCAGCAGCAGCGGAGAAAGCGCGAGGAGGAGGAGCGGCAGAGGCAGGCCGAGUAUCAGGCCCGCAGGGAGCGGGAACGUGAGGAGGGCAAGGCCGACUCUGCCGGCGGGGGCGACCAUCACCAUGACAAGAGCCAUGGGGGCAAGCUGCGUUCCAGCGGGGGCGGCGGGGGCGCGGGCGACAAGCCCAAGAGGCCGAGCUCACUGCUGGCCAACAAUAACGUCAUGAAGCUCAAGCAGAUCAUCCCACUGCAGAGCAAGUUCUCUUCUGGAACGGCCCGGUCACCACAGUCCCCUACCGGCAGUGAACCCAAACUCCCAGGGUUCCUCAGUUUCAAGUUCCUGAAGUCGCCCGAGAACAAGAAGGAAGCGGCGGCCGCGGCGGCAGCGGCGGCCUCGGCGGCUUCCUCUGGCGCCGCGGCGAAUCUGGAGAAGUCGCAGUCCCCCAGUAAGUCCUUCAACCCUGGGAAACUGUUCAACUUUGGUAAGUCUGAAGGGGGCAGCUGUGUAAACGGGACUCAGCAGGCCAAGCCUGGAGAUGCCGCCCAGCCCCAGGACAAGCAGCCUACCAGGUCAGACCUGAACGGAGUGCCUGAGGAAAUACCCUCCCCCGGCAGCGAAGGGGGCGAGAAUGGACACGCAGCAGACCCCGAGCCUCCGGGGCCCAAGAUCUGACCCUCAAAAGCAAACAAUCAAAUUAAAGGCUAUGACCAAGGAAGAAUGCCAAGUCUCGUUCCUGUGCACCAUGACGUCUGGAAGAUGGCUUCACUUUCUAACAGACUCAUGGGUCCGUUUGUGCUUGAACACAGAUUGGAUAUCAGAGAGGAUGAAAAGAGACUCGUUUCCUGUUCCGCCACACGCCAGUCCCCGUUCUGCAAUACAUACAGGAAUGCAUGACCUGCGUUUCUUAUCCUUUUUUAGCCUUUUUGUUUUCAAAAAGAGAACUGCACUGUCUCUUAUUUAUUCUGUAGUCUAAAAAUUGUAAGCACCUAUCAGUGGAUUGCCACUGAGAUUCACAACCUGAUUGGACAGAAAUCUGGUUUGAGCUACAGAUCUGGCAUCUCCCAAACCAUACAGAGAACUUCCUGAACCUGCUCAGAUGGACAUCAGAAAUUUCUACCAUGAUGAUGAAUCAGCAUAAAUACUAACUGUGACCACUCCAAGGCCUCGAUACUUUUUUUAUUCCGCCAAGCUGUUAAAUUUGCUCAUAGGUUGUUAUUCAGUGGUUCAGUUCUUUUUUUUUUUAAGUUUUGCAAACAGAUUCAUACCUCAUCCACUUUUCUUUUAGUUAUUUUUGACAAAUUUUAUAACUGAACUACCCACAUUGUUUUAUAUGUCUCCUCAUAUCCAACAGCAAUAUUAAAAGUAUGGUUUGUUUUCUCGGAUAUCCGGAUAUUGUGCUGUACAGGGUACCAUUCUCUCCAGCCGUAAUUCUUUACUGACUGGACUGUAUAUAGAGAAGAUAGUUUGGGUUAAACUACAAAUAUUUACUUAAUUAGAAAUGGUUAUUGAUACAGUUGUCAUGGAAAUUGGCAGUUAUUCGGACAUAGCCUUGGAAUUGUCUUGUAUCGUGGCUAGCAGGCUAGCCUACGGAAUCAGCCAGUAAUAACUAGCUGUGGUAUAACUGAUGUCAAAUUCGUCAUUUCGUACAAAGCUGGACUGAAGCCUAAUUAUGACACUAUUUGACCACAAAUUUCAGUUUCCUGUUGGUUCCGAAAUUUCAUUUGACUUCAACAAGCAUGAGAAGCUUGUUUUGCAUGUGAGAAGGAUUUUUCUGGACAUGUCGGUCUGAUUGAUGUGAUACAUCCCAAUAGCACAUCGAUAUUCAAUUCAGACAAGAGAAUUACUGUGACAAACCGGAGAGACGCUAAGACCCUGAGGUGUCGCGCUAAGGACAUCGGGCCCUUGAUGUGCUCAUGUUUCUCUGGAUAGCCUGGUCAUUAAUGAACUAAUCUUAGUGCCACAAUUACUGAUUGUCUCUGUAAUAGUUCACCACUAACCAAAUAGAGUCCCAAUGACUGUCAGUCACGACCCCUCAGAAUAUGCCUUUAUUUCUGUGUUCAUAUUCCCCUCUUGGAUGGUCACUUAAAGCAAACAUCCAGCCUGCCUCAUAGAGAGCAAGUGUUAGACAUGCAGAUUAGGAAGGUCUCUAUACUGUACAUACCUGGGUCAUUUCUCUUAUUAUCAUUUCUCAGUUGUAUUCUUUUUUUAAUCUGUGACUUAUGAAGAAGGCCAGAGAGCAGAGACAUUUCAUUUUCAUGCACAGCUGAAAAUAGACAAACAGAACAAUAAAAAAGAAACAUUUGCACUAGA